UCAACAUUCAAUAAACUCAUGAUGAUGAUGAUGAUUUGCUAAUCAGUUUUUCCUUUUUUUUUCUUUCUUUGUCAUCUUAUGUAUGAGGAUUGCAUAUAGUUUUGUGUAUAUGUGUGUGUCUUCGCUAAUCAAAUUGAUGAUAAAAUUGUUUUAACCAUUUGCUUCUUCUUUUGGCCAAAAUAUUGACUAACAGAAAUUUUUUUUUCUUUUUUUUCCGUUGGUUAUUUAAUUGGAAUCAUUUUUGUAUUGAAAUUUUCUUUUUUUACUACUUUUUUCUUUAUUUGAGAAAGAAUUAUGAAUCGAUUUCAAACAGCGACAACAAUGACACAACCAAAUUAUCAUUAUUUUGAAUCAUUAAAUUCAAUGACCGAUAUAGAUCGAUCAAUAAUUAAUGAUAAAUAUUUUUCAUCAUCAACAACAACAACAACAAAUCAUCAAUAUGGACAAACAAUUCAUCAACAACAACAACCGAUGUUGAUGAUGAGAAAUGUAGAUCUUCAGCAUUAUCAUACGAAUGUGCCAAUAAAUAAUUCCCAACAACAACAACAACAAACGAUAAUGAAUAAUGGACAACCACAACAACAACAACAACGUAAUCCAUUCAUUACACGUAGCCUUUGUGUUGUUUGUGGUGAUCGUGCACGUGGUUGUAAUUUUGGUGCAAUUACCUGUGCUUCAUGUAAAGAAUUUUUUCGCCGUAAUGCAUUCAAAGUGAAUAAAUUAAAAUGUUAUUUUCAAUUAAAAUGUGAAAUUAAUGUUCAUUCAAGAAGAUUUUGUGCUUCAUGUCGUUUAACAAAAUGUUAUUCAAUGGGUAUGAAAAGUGAAUAUAUAAUGAGUGAUGCACAAAAACAGGAAAGAAAUUUAAAAAUUUCAACGAGAAAAUUAUCGAAUAAUCGACAUAUGGAUCAUCUUCAUCAACAGAUCGAUAAUCAUCAUUAUAAUCAAUCUCAUUAUCAACAUUAUCAAUCGGAAAAUAAACCAAUAUUUUUGAUCGAUAAUAAUAAUAAUAAUAAUGGUAUCGAUAGUAUCGAUAGUAAUGUUCAAGAAAUAAUUGAUCAAUAUAUUGAUGAUGUUGAUCAUCAUCAUCAUAUUGAUAAUUCAAUAACAACAACAACAACGAUCGUCGAACAACCAAACGAAAUUAAUGAAUCAAAAUUAACGAUUGAUAAAGAAGAAAUUGAUAGACAAAAUAUGGCCGAUGAAAGAUUAAUUAAAUUAAAAAAUAAAGUAAAAAUUAUACGUGAAAGUGGUUAUAGUGUAACGAAAUUUCAUCUAUUAUUACGUGCAGCAACAUCGAAUCAUCCGAAAAAUGUACUCACCGAACAUGGUAGCUGUAGAUUAAAAUAUCUAACAUCAAUUGUACAGAUUUUAUCGGCUGAAACUAUUUCCGAUUUACCAACUGAUCAAAAAUUUAUCGAUCUCAUACUUAUUGCCGAAAUUGUAACAUUUAAUUUUAUAAAGAUGUGUAAAAAAUUAUAUUCAUUUCAAGAAUUAAGUCAAGAAGAUCAAGUUGCAUUAGUUAAAGGUAGUGUAAUGGAUACAUUAAUAAUUUGGUCAAUGAUGACUAUUAAUCUGGAAAAAGAAUGUUGGGAGGCAUUGGAUUUGGAAAGAAAUUUUCGUUUUACAUUGAAAAUGGAAAUGCUAAAAGAAGCAAAUCCAAAAUUAUAUGAAAAACAUCGUUGUUAUGUAAUGUCAUUCGAACCUGAAUGGCGUUAUAAUGAUUAUCUAAUGUCAUUAUUGAUUGCCAUUGCAUUAUUUAAUCCAGAACGACCAAAUAUUUAUAAUGUACAAAAAAUAAGAAAUGAACGAAAUGUUUAUUGUAAUCUUAUGAAACAAUAUCUGGAUACAUUAUAUGAAGAACCAAAACAAUCACAAGAAACAUAUGAUCGUUUAAUGGGACAAUUAAAAUUAACUGAAAAAAUUAGCGAAUAUCAUAUGAAAACAUAUUUUGAUCUAAGUACAAAUGAAGCAACUAAAAAUGGUUAUGGUGGUCUUAUGAUGGAAAUUGAUGAUCUUAAUAAUAUAACUGGUGUAAAAACAAAACGUUGUUGUUCAUAAUAGCGAAAAUAAUCUUUUGAAACAAAAAUCAACAGGUUUUUUAAUGAAAAAAAAAUUUGAAACAAAAACUACAUUUUACAUUUUUUUUUUUAUAAAAAAUCAACUCAUUUCGACUAUAUUUUGUUUCUAAAAAUUUAUACAAAAUAAGAGAAUUUACAAAAUAUAUUGUAAGGCAAUUCUUGUAACUAUAAUUAAAAAAAAGAAAAGAAAUUCAACUUGAAU